AUGGCUAGGCAGCUUCAGCAGACGUGGUCUUCAGACAUCAUCGCGCGGGGUGCCAAGGAUCUCCUAAAGAAGGCUGGCAAUGAGAGCACAGAUUUGCGCACCAGGAUAGAGGCCCUGCAUGAACUCUCCGAGUCUCUAGAGGCAGAGGAGCGCAAGUAUGAGGAGGUGACUGGGGAUGUGAUGGUCAACAUGCGUUCUCAGCAGCCCAUUGGAGCAUUUCUGUCUGCAGUCAAGGAUGAAGAGGAGAUCUACGAUGAAAUCUAUGAAAGCUGGAUCCACGACCGGCAUGCAAGCCUGGAGCAGAGGGUGGCUGCCAUGCGAUUCUUCCUGGCCUGCCUCUCCGCUUGGCAGUUUCAGAGCCCGCUCACCGAGCCAGACUUCGUCACAGGGCUUCAGGAGUGGGCCACCACUGAAGUCGCAAAGCGGCCCUCACGCAGUGGAGCUUCAGAGCACACAGAUGAGGAGAGUCUGCUGUUGGAGGCGAGGCGGACAUAUGCCACUGGCCUCUUAGCAAUCGCGCUGACGAGGACGGAGGUCUGCGACGAGGCUGUGCGGAGCGGCACCGUGGCCCAAAUGGUCCAGGAUCUUGCGCACAUGGGUCUGGGGGAUUGUGGCAGCGAGGAUGAGGACCACACGCUGGCCUCCAGCUCAACCUGCGACAUGAUUGCCGCGGACAGCCAGCCACAGCCAGACGUGGCUCUGAUCCGCGAGGAGCAAGCGUCCUCAAAUCCUGCACAAGGAUGUGAAGGAUGGGAGGAGCUGAGGGCGCGGCGGCAGCGCUACGUGGUGCAGUGCCUGGGCAGCUUUGGCGAGUACAUGGAGUGCCUGGCGCUGGUCCUGGCAGCGGACGGCGUGGCUGUAAUGGCGCGCCUGCUGCAUGCAUGGCGCGAGCAGCCCACCCUCCUUGCCGACCUGCUGCGCCUCCUGGUCGCACUGCUCGUCCACCGCAGGUUUGCGGAGCUGUUUGUGGACUCAGGCGGGGUGCAGCUGCUGCUGUCCCUGCCGCACAACAAGCACACCUUUGUCGGCCUCUCGUUUGCCUUCUUUGGGAUGGCCUCCGUCCCCCUGGCCGUCGAGCGGGUGUGCGCACUGCCGGCGGCGGUGGUGGAGGAGUUGGUGGAGAGGGCGCUGUCGCUGCUGACAUGCGGCUACGACCCGGCGCGCAAGAACGUGGCGCUGUUCUUCGGGGCGGCUAUCCACUUCCGCGGCAUCCUCGACGUCUUUGACCGCGUCGGCGGCCUGCCCCGCCUCCUCGACGCCAUGCGCACUGUGGCGUUCCAUGCCAGCGCUGCGCUGAGGCAAUACUUCCGCACCCACCUCGUCCUCCAUGUGGCCACGCUCAAGCGCCGCUACUGCGGCCAUGCCGCUGUCAAACAGGGAGCAUCGGCUGCAGAGCGGACAGUGGAUGUGUCAGCUGAGUCGGUGGAUGCAGCAGUGUCAGCCGUGGAGAACGACCGGCGUGUGGGCGAGGCAUUUGUGCGGGAGCGAUGGCCGCCCCUUGAGAAGUUCAUACACUGCGGCGGGCCAGGGCUCAUGCUGGACUUCGUGCAGCACACGCCCGGCGAGCGGUAUUGCAAUGAGAUCGCACGCCAUGCACUGGAGAUCAUGCAGAUUGCCACGCUGAUGCCGGAGUGCCGCCGCACGCUUCUGACCGGCGCUGCCUCCCAAGCCAGCGGCCAGUCGGAUGGCAUCGCUGCCAUUUUGGAAGCUGCACAUGGCCAGGCCUACCUGAACGACCCAGAGGUCAUGCAGCCGGCUUUGGUGGUGGUGGCAAAUUGCGUCACGGUGCCCUCCUCCCUUGCCCACCUCAUGCCGCCACCCGACAAGGCGCCCGGCCGCAGGAAGCUGAAGGCCGCGCUGCCGGCCCCGCUGUUCACGCCCCAGCCAGCCGCCGGGAGCUCCAUGGACCUGGACCUUCAGAGCACCAGCAGUGCAGAGGGGGACUUAGUGGCGGUGGAGAUGCGGGAGGGGUAUGCGCGCGCGCGGCAGGCGGUGCGGCGAGCGGCGGGCAUCCGCAUGCUGCUGGGCCUGCUGCACGCGCGCUCCAGCAUGCCGGCCGGCCAGGUGGACCGCCUGCGCGCGCUCGCCGUCCGCUGCCUGCUCGGCCUUGCCCACGACCCCCAGCUGCGCCAUAUCCUCGCCAAGCUCCAGGUGUGGCGGCUGCUGGCGCAGCUGGUGCACGAGCCAGACAGGGGCACAGUCGGCAGCGGCGGUGCGGCCCGGCGGCUGAUCGGCAGCGACGGCAGCUCUCACGGCGGCAGCUCCCUCGCGACCUUCAACAGCCUCGCCAUCGACCUCAUCAACCUCACCUCUGCAGGUCUGGGGAAGGCGGGUGCUGCGGCGGCUGCGUCGGACGCGGUCGCGCCGGCGUUGCACAAGAUCGAGCGAGCGGCCAUCGCGGCCUCCACGCACAUCACAUACGCGCCCUCCGAGCUGCUGGUUCUCAUCGAGGACCACCUGCGCGCGUCGGGGCUGCACGCCUCCGCCAACGCGCUCGCUGCAGAGGCGGCGCUGGGCGGUAGUCAGCCGUCCCUGCGGGCUGAGAUGCAGGGCGAUGCACAGCAGCCGCACCUGAUCACACCCUUCAGCAACAUCCGAGCUUCCGCGCCUGCAGAGUCUCCCUUCACUUGCCCAGGAACCCAGCCGUCUGUGCCAAAACGCCGCGCACUUGCAAUCGCGCCGUCGCUCAUCAGAUCAAUCGUCAAGGCACCGGUUGCGGCGAAGGAGCCAAUCGCAUGCAUAGAAGAAAUCGACGCACUAAAUGACACAAGUGCACAGCCGGACGAGUGCACGCCAGCGAAUCUGCCAGCCAUCCCGGAUGCAGCCAACGCUGAUCAACUGCCGGGUUCUGCCGCUAUCGCCGCGCACACAAUGCAGAGCAGAAGGAAGCGCAGAGCUAGUGAGAGCCUGAUAUCAGGCUCACUCCAGCGUCAGAGAUGCAGCGGCGGUGCUCAGCCUGAACAGCCUUGCGCAGCUGGCGCAGAGGAGUGCCUCACAGGUACACUGCGGGUGGCUGCACCAGCGGCGAGCUAUGCAGAGCUGCCGCUGCCGCAUGCCAGCACACCACUGGCAGAGGCGGCCACACCUGCGCGGCCGAGGGGGCUGUUUGGUGCCAGCGGCGCGCAUGAGAGGCCGGGAGGCACACCAGCCGCGGCUGAGCCUGCAGGCAAUCCCCUGCUGCUGAACCUCCCCUGCCGCCGCGCGACUCUGGAGGACAUACCGCAGCCCGCCAAAGCGUGCAGCACUCCAGCCCUCACAAGGGCGACAGUGAAGCAGGCAAUCAGCAGCCCGCCGGACAGGAAGGGGCGCGGAGCGGGGACGGAUCCGCCGGUGGCCAGCAAGCUGAGCAGCAUUGUGAUGCAGUACCUGCGCCACCAGCACAAGGCGGCCUGCCUCAAGGCGGCCGCGCCCAUCUCCACGCUGCCUCCCAUGUCCCUCCUGCGCCCCAACACCUUGCCCCAGGCCAAGCGCACUCUGGAGGCUCCGACGCAGGUGCACCGGCGGUUGCUGCGGCGCUCGGUCACCGACCCGCACGGCGGCUGGGGCGGCCGCCGCCAGGACCGCCACUUUGUGUACUCGCGCUUCAGGCAUGUGCGGACGGUGCGGGAUGAGGAUUCGGCGGUGUACCGGUCGUGCGCGUUCCUGGGGGAUUUUGCGGCGCUGGCGCUGGGGUCGCACUCUGGGGAGAUCCGCAUCCACGACACCCUGUCGGGCGACCUCAUCGACACCCUCGACGCUCAUGACACCCCCGCCUACCAGCUGCGGGUGCAUGAGGCGCGGGGGCGGUCGCUGCUGCUGUCGUCGUCGCGGAACGAGGCGCGGCUGUGGGACGUGGGUGCAUGCAGCGAACGCGCAGGCGGCGGAUGGACGCCCGCAGAGUACAUCACCGAGCCGCUGCACACCUGCGGGGGCAUGCGCAACGCCAUCUUCCGCCCAGACGGCCGCCUGUUGGCUGGGCUGAUGACGGCGGGGCGAGGGCAGGAUCCGCUGCUGUUCGACCUGGGCUCGGAGACCUACUCCACCAUCAGCAUGAGCACUGAAGGCUGGCGCAGCAAGGGGCAGGAGACGUUGUGCUUCAACCCGACGGGGGAGCUGCUGCUGUUUGGGCCGACGCUGUGGGAUCCGCGCGCGCCCCGCUGCCUGCACGUCUUUGACCUGCUCUCCUACUCCGCCUGCUGCUCCUCCUUCCACCCCGGCGGCCUCGAAGCCGUCGUGUGGGACUUGCGCACGCUGAAGCUGCAGCGGUGCGUGCCGUGCCUGGAUAGCACCAGCCUGACAUGGAACGCCAGCGGAGACUGCGCGUAUGCCACGCUGCGCCGCCCUUCUGACGACCUGGGCGCCCUGCUGCACCCCAAGCGAGCCAAGCACCCCCUGCACGCCGCCUUCCGCACCGUGGAUUCGACGGACUUCAGCGAGAUUGGGACGAUAAGCACGGAGGGGCGGUGCGUGCUGGACCUGUGCGUGGAUGCGGCCGACAACUUCAUCGGGCUCGUCACCCUGGAGCCCAACGAGCUCAUGAGCUGCUCCGCGCGCGUCUACGAGGUCGGCCGCCGCCGCAUGCAGGACGAUGAGUCAGACUUGGAGGACGGUGACGAGGACGACGAGGACGAAGACGACGAUGACGAAGAAGAUGACGAAGAGGGCGCGCAGCUGAUCACCGGCGGCCCCAGCGGCUCCUCAAGCGCGGCCGACGCCAGCGCCGACGGCGACGGCGAGGAGGCCGAGCGCGGCAGUGAAAACUCCGAGGCAGAAAACUCGGACGACGACGCCGAUGCCGGCAGCGGGUCGGAGGCCGGGGAUGAUGGGGAGGGGGAGAGCGAAGAGGAGGAGGAGGGUUCAGGGGACGAGGGGAUGGAGCUGGGGGAGGAAGACAAUGUGGAGGGGUAUGUAAGAUUGAUGGACCGGCUGCGGGAGAUGGCAGAGGGCGAGGAGGAGAGCGGCCUGGACAGCGAGUUCGAGGCGCACCUGGACUCGGACAGUGACAGCGACUGAGCAGGGGACCUGAAGGAAGCAAAGAUCUCCCUGCCCUAUAGUAGCUACCUCUUUGUUCUAGGUAGAGCAGGGCAAUUUAGAGUUUCCUGGACUGAGUGCUUGAGGGGCCCCUGGGCUGAGCUCGGCUGCAGGGGUGAUAAACAAAUGAGGGCACGAGGAAUUCAUUGUUGGUGUUGCACUCCUGUGCAUGUCAGCGCUGCAUAGCGGGUUCCAGAGAAAGGGAUCAUCACUGCAUUGCAUGGAAUAUCUGCUCCUCGUCAAACGCUUUGUUUGCACAACGGCCAUUUCAGAGCAUAGCUAAUCUAGGGAUAUAUACAGCACCUGCAGGUUAACCAGGAUGCUUGAGCCCUCGAGGGACUCAAUUGUUUAAUAUUGGCGUUGCAGUCAUGGCUCCUCAUCAGAGAAUGGGGCAAGUACCAUCAUGUAGCAAGAGAGACAUGUAGAACAUGAUGUGCGAUUCCUUGUGCACCUUUGAGCAUAAAGCACUGCAUACUGGAUAAAUCCAGCUAGAUGUCCAUCAUUUCAGGGAGAGGUCUGAGGCUAUGACUGUCAAGUGACCAACACAAGGUCAAAUUAUUACAAUUCCUUUGUAAUGAUGAUCAUGCCGG